AUGUCUAGCAAAGGGAGCAACCACAAAUCACACUUAAAGCAGGAAAAUAAACCAUUCAAACACCACGGAAAAACACAACCAAAGAAAAAAAUCCAAGGCAGGACUGCUAUUGCUCCCCACGUCGUGACAGAUUGGGUAAAGGUCAAUAAAUCUGACCGAUUAAAUGCAGCCUUACAAAAACGAAAAAACAAGCGAGAAGAGCUCAGCAUGAAAAGACGUGGCAUUAGCUCAUCAAAAGGUGACGAAAUGGAUAUUGAAGGCCGCUUUGAAUUUAUUCCAAAAAUUAUUGGAAUCUUAGAUAUGAAUGGCAGAGCAGAUAUCGACAGACUGAAAAACAGCUUAUUAGCUGGCUGUGAACAGAAUGAAAAUUCAUAUAUUCUUCCUAAAUACGCAGCAAAAAAUAUGCCGAUCUCCUUUGUACACAUAAUGCGAGACGAUCUGCAUGUGAUCAACUGGUGCAAAGUAGUCGACAUGCUCAUUGUAGUUCUCAGCUGCAAUGGAAUUGAUGUUGCACAAGUAAAAACUGACCCAGAUAAGUGUGAUGCUUUUGAUGCCAAAGGCUACGAUUUCUUGUCAGCCAUGAAAUCGCAAGGGCUGCCACCUGUACUUGGUGUAUUGCAACAUCUAGAGACAGUCCCAGCCAAAAAGCAAAAAGAUGUAAAAAAAUUAUUUUCCAGGUACUAUGAGAGCGAAUUUCCUGAGACUCAGAAGCUAAUCCCUGAAGAAAAACAAGAAAAUAUAUUAAGAGGGAUUGGGAAUACUUUAUUUUACACAAAUGAAAUGAUGUGGAAAGAGUUUCGCAGCUAUUUAUUAGCAGAAAAAAUAGAUGUGAGGGGAAAUGAUUUAGAAGUAAGUGGGUAUAUUAAAGGAAGUGGCUUCUUAAAUGUGAACCAAAUUGUACAUGUGACUGGGUUUGGAGAUUUUGUGUUGAGCUCAAUGACUAUUGGCUCAGGGGUGAUUGUUAAUGAAAACCCACAGUCCUUGCAAGCUGAAAAUGAGCCUGAUACUUUUGUAGCAGAGCAGACUUGGCCGACUGAGCAAGAGCUUGCAGAAGCGUUUUCUAAGCUAGAUGUAGUCCCUACAGAUCAUCUUCCUAAUGAGCUAAUAGAUGAAGACGAAGAUGAAGGGGCUGCCUUAGAGCUAGAUCAGCCUUCUCAAGCUUUUGAAUUUCAAGAACGAAAGCCAGAAGAGCUUGACUUCCCUGACGAGGUUGAAACACCUUCAGAUCAGCCUGCAAGAGUCCGAUUUCAGAAAUAUCGAGGCCUCGCCAGCUUCAGGACUUCUAAAUGGGAUCCUUAUGAAAAUCUGCCCAGAGAAUACGCCAAGCUUUUCGAAUUCAAAGAGCCGAACCACAUCAUCAAAAAAUACACAGUCGACGAAACCAAAGAAAAUUCCCAAACAAAAUACGGAGAAUAUAUAUUUUUGCUAAUCAAAGAUUUCCCUAUCAAUGCUUUGAAAAAUUCCCCACAAACUCUCCCAUUGAUAAUUUCCUCAGUUUUGCCUCAUGAGAGAAAAUUGACUGUUUUGAACUUCAAGCUUGAAAGAUGGGGAAACCCAGACAUCCCGCUAAAAUCUAAAGAGCCAUUGAUUUUUCACUGUGGGUUCAGAAGGUUUGUAUGCAGACCUAUAUACUCAGAAGACACAACUGCUGACAAGUUUAAAUAUUUGAAAGAGUUUAAAGACGAAGGCAGCAUAAUAGCAACGAUUUUUGCACCAGCCAUGUUUGGUCCUGCGAAUGUACUUGUAUAUAAAGAAACCAGUAAUUUUUAUUUAGUGGAUGGAGUUGAACAAGUCGCUGUCGGGGCUUUGCAUAGUUUUGAUCCUAAAAGGGUGGUAAUUAAGAGGAUAUUGUUGACUGGGUAUCCUUUAAAAAUACACAAAAGGAAGGCUGUGGUGAGAUAUAUGUUUUUGGAUCCGAAAGAUAUUAAUUAUUUUAAGCCUGUGGAAUUGUUUACUAAGGCGGGGCUAAGAGGGAAUAUUAGAGAAAGCUUAGGGACACAUGGGUAUAUGAAAUGUGUUUUUAAUGACUUCAUAAAGCAUGGAGAUAUUAUAUGUCUACCUCUAUAUAGAAGAGUGUUUCCAGUCUGGGAUGCAAGCAUUUGGGCACCAGUUUCUAAUUAA